GGUAUUUAAAGUUAAAAUUUCUUCGGCUGCUUAUUUUUUUUUCUUUUCUUUUCUUUAUUCUUCUCUUAAACAAAAAAAUCAACUAGUUAAAAAAAUGGUCUCUUCUCCUGUUACUCUUCAUUACUUCUAUAUCGAAGGCAUGCCAUCCACUGUUGCUUUGGGUGAAAACUUGAAUUUGUUAUUGAAGGAUUCUGGUGUUGAAUACACUUAUCUUCGUCACAAGGGGGAUGAAUGGGUAUCUAUCAAGCAAGAUAUUUCCAAGAAGGUUGCUCAUCCUACUAUGCCUUUUAUUGAAUUGGAUGGAAAAGUGUAUAACAAGACAGUUCCUACCAUGCGUUACUUCAGCAAGAAGUUAGGAAAAUACCUUCCUGCUAAUGAUGAUGAUCAAUAUACUUUGGAAGUGGCUGCUGAUGUGGUUCGUGAUCAUCAUAGUACCAUGUCCCCUCUAUUCCGAUGUGAAGAUGAAGAAAAGUGGAAAGAACACUUUGAAAAGGAUACCACCAAAUACUUGAAUGCUUAUGAAUCCAUCUAUCAACAAAACGAAGGUCCUUAUAUCUUGGGUGAAGAAAUUACCUAUGCUGAUUUCCUUGUAUACCAUAUCCUACAAGAUGACAGAGCCUUAAAACAUGUUCAAGGAUACCCUCACUUGGCCAAGUUUGUUGAAGCUUUCUCCCAACGUCCUAACCUUGCUGCUUAUAUUGCAUCUUUGGACCAAUAGUUUGAGAAAAUCAUCUUAGUAUAUAGUCUUCUCUCUUCUUUUGAUCUUAUAAUAAAAAUUAACCUUUUUUACUUAAA